CGCUCUGCAUAUAUAGACCUCAUUUACCUCCGUUGUAGGACUAGGCUCCUCCCCUUCUCAAGUCACCUGACUGCUAGUCUACUACACCCAGUGUGACGUUCUACCAUGUUUAAGUCCCCACGUCACUAAGCACAGGGAGCCUAUUAGCCGGGGAGGAAGAUGGCGGCCGCUGUGCUUUUGAGCGUUGCUCUCUUGCUUUGCCUUAGUAGUCAUACCAAGGCUGAACCGACAGGGAACACGGAGGAGUUUGACGUGAAGCCCGGAGGCUUAGACUACACGUAUACAAGGAAACUGGGCGGUUUCUCCUGCAGUUUCUCUUAUGCGGCUCAGGGAGGUACAAAUGAGAAGUGGCUUAUGAGUAUUGGAGUGGAUGAAGAAAGCAGAUAUUUCUCUUGCUCAAUAUGGCGGCCACUGGGAACAUCCUAUUUAUUUUUUACAAAGUUUAAAGCUGAAGUCUCUGGAGGAAAAAUAGAAUUCUGCGAAGCAUAUAAUAAGACAUGCUCAGCCUAUCCUAGCUUAGCACUGAAAAUACAAUUGCUGGGAGGACCAGAACCAGGCAUGGAAGGUGCUGUUAACAGACAGAGAUGUUACAUAGUGAUGGGCCAGGUCCAAAAUGGCCACCAAAGUGGUACCCAACAGUCAUCAUGUGUGCUAAGAACUACUGGACUUCCUAUAUAGAAUGUGUC